GGAAACUAUUUUGUUUAUCAACGGUCACUUCCUGUUGGUCGGAGCUUUUCUGUGUUUCCAUCUGCUUCGGAGACGUUUCUACAAAAAAUCCUGUCUCGUUUUUUGCCUCCAUCACUUUCUAAUAAUCAGCAAACUUUCGCUAAAACCUCCAGAGGAGUUUUACCGUGAGACAUCUGAGUGGAAGUCCCGGUGUUUGAUCUCGCGGGCUGCGCCGUCAGCCUGUAGCGUUAGCCGCUCUGAACAGCGAUGACCACGGACAGAGUUUUUCUCUCUGCGUAUUUCGACUGUUGACCCAAACCGCAGAUCCCCCCGUUCAUGAUGGCGAGCGAAAACACCGACACCAACGCGGGGAACGGCGAGGAAACCGGUCCUUCAUCCGAGACUAACGAGCAUGACUAUGCUCACGCAGCGGACGGCAACUUUGCUCCCACCGAGGCGUCUUCUUUCUCCGGUACACCGGCGGUUGAUAGUGGAGUCACCGCGCGGGGAAGGUUUACUACACCGGCUGAACAUGGGCAGAGCACGCCGGGACAGUCCACCGCCUCUCUGCCGGUAGAGCUUCCCGAACCGGCCGUCGGUGCUGAGGUGGACUGUCCCGGUGGACAUGAUGUUGACGCGUCGCAGACCGAGGAGGAUCCCCAAAAGGCUGCGGCGUCUGGACUUGCCGUUGCCGCCUCCCCGGCCAUGGGGCGCGGUGGCCGCCGGCGUCCCAAGCGGCCGGAGGACAAGCACUGCUCCGGCUGCAAGUCCGAGUUCGAGCGGCAGGGUCGCAGCUUCAACCGGAGAGCGGUGUUCACGUUCACCACCCCGGAGACCGUGCAGUGGGUCUUCCCGGACACCGUGGUGACCGACAAGUCCUUCCUGUGCGAGACAUGCGCGCAGGUCGUCCGCAGCAAAUGCAAGCGCAAACAGACCGGGAAGCGGCCUCUGUGGCUGAAACCGCCUGUCACUAAACAGUCAGACGGGAGAGACAGGAAGAAGAAAGGCCGCAGGAUGGGGAAGAAGACCCAAGCAGCGCAGCUGGUGAGCAAGUCCUGCUACAAGUCUGCUCUCAAAAUGCUGUGGUCCGCCAAAGGUGCCAGGAAGCCCAUGAUGGAGUUUUGGACUAAACAGCUGAAAGAGGAGAUGAAGGUGCUGUCACGGCAGACAGACAGUCCUUUCCAUCAGAAGGUGUCCAACAGGAAGCCGCUGUCAUCCUUCCCCUGGCGACGAUGUCUGAACUGGGCCCAGGAAAAAGCUCCUCUCGUCACCAACUGCCUCCGCUCGCUGUUCCCCGACAUCAACACCCUCGCCAAGAGCAGCCACGUGCUGUCGGAGGAGCAGGCCCAGACGCUGCUGGAGCGCCGGGCUGUGGUGGCGCUCGCCAUCCCGCUCUUCACCAGGAACAUCUGGAGGAACAACUUCAUGCAGGCUGCUCUGGGGGCCGAGCUCCGCCUGCAGGGCUGCUCUGGCUCCGCCCUCGACGCCCUCAACACCAUGGGACUGUGUCAAAACAAGGACACUGUCCGGUUACUACUGCACAGGCUCCGGAACGGCAAGAAGAAUGCAACGGAGAACGGACGACAGAGCCUGAAACAAGAACAGAUCAAAGGAGAACAGAUGUCCGACAUGGAGGAAGAGGAUAUUGAGGAGGAAGAGACCUUGGAGGAAGUCGAGGUGGAAGUGGAAGAAGAUGACGAGGAGGAGGAGGACGAAGAGGAGGAAGAUGAGGAUGAGGAGGAUGAAAUAGAGAUGACGGUGGAGGAGCAAGAUGUGGAGGAGGAGGUGCUGGACGGAGUGCAGGAAGAAGAACCGGAUCAGGAAGAGGAGGCUCGAGCAGCAGAGGUAAAAGAAGAGAAGAAGAGGAGGAAGAAGAAGGCGAAGAAGCAGAGGAAAGAGGAGAAGAGGAAGGAGAGAGGCAAACGAAAGGCAAAGGAGAGAGGGGAGGCAGAGGAGCAGCAGCAGCAGCAGCAGGAGGAUGAUGAUGAUGAGGAGGAGGAAGGGUCGGAGCAGAAGAAGAGGAGGGUGGUCGUGGUGCGGCUCGGCCUGCUGAAGGGACACUCAGAGGUCGGACGAUCCGACCUAUCAGCUCCCUAAGACUUUAUCAGCUCCACUCACAAACUCAUCAGACCACGCCUUCAAUCAGAGAGCAGGCUCCGCCUUCCUCCCUGUGGGGGGGUGUUGAAAGGCAUUCUGGGAAUCUUAGGAGGUCAGUAUCUGUAGAGGGAAACUGACGAGAGCUUUACUUUGCAUUUUCAUUUGUGUGCUGUCGAAAAAAAAAACGGUUUGAGCCAGAAAAGCCUCUGAAAUACGAAACCACUCCACUGAAACUGAAAUUAACAAUAAAACCACAGUUGAUCGAUCACACAGUUAUCUGUAUCCUUUUUACCCUGAUGAUCACGUCUUUGGUUUGCUAGAUCUCAAAUUUGCUACAAGAAAAACAACCUCCUCUGUUGUUCCGUCAGCCAAAUGUAUGAUGUUAGCAGCUUCCAGAAUAAACGGGUAACUUUUUCUUCAACAAGUCUCGUACCUCUGAUCAUAUUUAAUCGUAAAAUUCUAGGUGGUUUUCUGGACAGAACUGCGUAAUUUCGUACUAACUAUAGAGAGGAUGGUUGAGUGGAGUGCUGUGUUCAGCCGCAGACGAUAGAAAUGGGGCAUUUUGCAAAAAAAGUCAGAAUAAUUUCAAAAAAUUUCAUAAUUCCAUAAGAAAAGAUAAAAUUACAAUUCUACAAAUCGUAACUGGACUGCUCAUACUCACACUUUUCAAGUCAUCUCGCCCACUCAAAGCGCUUUAUAUCACAGUAACUUAAGCACAUGGAUUGGAGGAGCUGGUGAUCGAACCUCUGACCUUCCAGUUAGCGGUCGACCUGCACUACCUCCGACCUCCUCCUUUCUGUGUAAUUGUAAACUCUGAGCAAACACACAAACAUCAACCAACCAGCUGUAAAUACUGGGAGGACAAUUUCUAACAAUAAACAAAUAUUUGCAGGGGUUUAAAUUAAUUUCUAUGCAUUUUAAAUUCUUUAAAGAUGUGUGAACUUCUCCCCUCUCUUUGUAUCAUUUCCUGGUUUCAAAAAUAUUUCCCUAGUUAGUUAAAUUACCUUCUGACCUUUGGCCUUUAGAGGGGAUAAACAUAGGUCUGCUCGUUGAGAACAAUACACGUAGGAGGUACGAGGGCACAAGAUGCCAAGAUGGACGCCUUAAGUCAUCCAGCCACUGAUAAAUCUCUGUAAAUGUUGACAUGUCCGACAGGUUAUGUUACAGGUAAGUGACAUCAGCAGGAGGUUGUUCUGUUCUUAGUGUUUAUCCAGCUGCUGGAUGAUGGAUGUUAUGAGGGAGUGAAAACUGUUGAAAUGUCCUUAAUAAAAGUGAGAUUUUGACGUGAAGUAAAGUUCACAUCAAAGUUCUCUCUCACAUGAACAGAGAGGUUUUUUUUUAUUAUGAACACUGUGGAAGUUUCAGGCUGUUUCUGUUUGCAGCCUGAAGUUAUGUUUUUAUUUUUUUUAAGUUUCAGAGAGUUGAGUGGCUGCACAGCUGAGUAAAGGUCCUUUGAUUUAUCACUUUACUUUUUGUUUGUUUGACUGCUGCAGUGAACACAACAGAACAGCUGCUGAGGCCUUUAUGCUCCUCAAGUCAUGUGGGAUAUAUUAUUUCUGAAUAAGCUUUAGUUCUGUCUCAGAGGACUGGCUGUGUGAUUAGACAAUUUAACCACAGGUGUCAACAGAUGUUUAGGUUUCAGGUGCUUGAAGAUUAUUAAGCACCUGAAAGCACUUGUUGGUUUUCCUAGUCUAUUUACAAGUCACAAAACCAUAAAUUACUGUAACUCCAACAUGACAUGAACGCUGUUUUAAAAACUUUUAAGAUUAAAGACAAUGUAUAAUCUCUGUGGAAACCAUCAAAAAUCAAAAUUAUUUUUUGUCUUUUUCUUGCUAAUUAUUCUGAAAUUAAAGCCUUAACAUGAUCGUUUUCUGUUGUGUUUGCUGCAUAAUUCAUGCUUUGUACGUAUUUUUCUCUCCUGGUGUUGAAGGAAUGUUGGAACUUAAGCUUCUGGAGAUGAUGUAUUAUAGUUUAAUUUCUAAUGAGGGUUCGAUCCUUGAGGAGAUGUUUUUAUUUUAACAUUUUCACAUUGAGGACUGUGACAGAUUUGUUUUCUGACUGUUGGUCUCAGAUCUGAUGUUCAGCCAGUUACUGGUUACUGUAAACGCUUGCCAAUUAAAAAAAAAAGUUUAAGACUUCA